GUUUUCAAAGUCUCCCUAGGGUUUAAGGAUUCCCAUUUUUCUACACUCUUGAACACCUUUUCCCCUUCGAAAAUGGCCACCAUGUUCAUAACUUCAAGAACAUCGGCCAAAAACCUCUACCAACUACUACGACCCUGCUUCCACGAUUCCCCGCCUGUUUCCCAAUUCCUCAGAAACCUUCAUCACUCGUUCGCUUCCCGGGAAUUUAGUUCCCGUGGCUUCGACAACUCUCAUCCCAGAAACUCUAGGGGCUUGGUCUCUGCCCCAAGCUACAAUCUUGAUGAGGUCGGUGCUUCUUCACUCACUCUCGAUAACCGCGUUUCAGCCACCGUGCUCACCGGGUUUCUCGGUUCCGGAAAGACAACUCUCCUGAAUCAUAUUCUUACAUCUCAGCAUGGCAAGCGAAUUGCUGUUAUAGAGAAUGAGUUUGGGGAAGUGGAUAUUGAUGGAUCAUUGGUUGCUAGCCAUUCCUCUGUGUCUGAAGACAUUGUCAUGGUUAAUAACGGCUGCCUAUGCUGCACUGUGCGGGGAGAUCUUGUAAAAAUGCUUUUAAAGUUGGCCAAGGAAAAACGAGACAAAUUUGAUCAUAUUGUUAUAGAAACAACAGGCCUUGCGAAGCCAGCUCCUGUCAUAGAAACGUUCUUUACUGAUGAACUGGUUUCACGUUAUGUGAAACUAGAUGGAGUUGUUACUUUGGUUGAUUCCAAGCAUGCCAUGCAACAUCUGGAUGAAGUCAAACCGAGAUUUGUGGUGAAUGAGGCGAUAGAACAAGUUGCCUAUGCUGAUCGUAUUAUUUUGAACAAGAUCGAUUUGGUCAGUGAGGCUGAGUUGCAGAUAUUGACUACAAAAAUCAAGCAUAUCAAUGGGAUUGCACCAAUUAAGCUAGCUAAAUUUGGAUCUGUUGACAUGGAUUUUGUUUUGGGAGUUGGAGGUUAUGAUCUUGAAAGAAUUGAAUCUGAAGUUCAUGUGGAUAGUUCCUGUUCUGCGAUCCAUCAACAUGAAACUGGACAUGAACACCAGGAAGGACAUCAUCAUGAUCAUACACACGAUUCUGCUGUCUCUAGUGUCAGUAUUGUUUAUGAAGGAACUCUUGAUCUUGAUGAGGUUGAUGAUUGGCUCGAAAGGCUGAUAGAAGAAAAAGGAGAGGACUUGUACAGAAUGAAGGGUAUCUUGUCUGUUAGUGAUUCUGAUCACCGUUACGUUUUUCAGGGGGUGCAUUCUACAUUGGAUGGCUGCCCAGGCAAAGCAUGGGGACCGGACGAGAAGAGAAUGAACAAACUGGUAUUCAUAGGAAGAAAUUUGGACGAAACUGCCCUAAGAAAAGGUUUCAAAGGUUGUCUAGCUUGAGCUUCUCAUACUACCUUUACUGGUAUUGGGUGUUUUUAGGGAUCAUUCACCUCCUCCUUUUGCAUCCAUGUGGAUUGUAUCAACAAAUGUUUCUCUAGUCCAGGAAAAAGAGGUAUAAAUAAACAUACUAACAAGUCAGACGCCCAAGCAGCAUAAUUUUGGUCUGUUUCACAACCCUAAUUGUUGCAGUCUAAGUGAAUGAGUGAUAAAUCAUAUGAGCUAAUCUGGGCACUAUGUAGAACUGGCUAAUGAUCACUACCCCAAGCAAGCCAUGGUCUAUCAAUGAAAGGUCUCUUUCUCCUUGUUACAUUCAAAAUCCAAGUCUUUGGAUCAGACCAUUAAUAAUUGUGAUGAGCUUUAUGCCCAAUGAAAGGUCUCUUUCUCCUUGUUACAA